GACCUCCUCGGUGCUUCGUUCGCAGCGCGCUGUGUUCCUUUAAAAGGUUGAGCUCCGGGUGUGCGGGUCUCUGCGCACUGGAUCGGUCCUCCUCUCGGCUCAGCUGUGCACCUUCCAGCAGUGACAUGGCAUAGAGGCGCUGUGCUGUCAGCCAGCAGCAGCAGCAGCAGCAUCCUGCGCCAUGGACGCUCUCCGGCAGCCGAAGCGGAGCGCGAUGAUGUCCGCUUGGAUUUUACUGAACACUGUGUCGGGGCUGAGGGCGGGGGACGGAGGAAUAGAAGAACUUGCCACCGAGAAGGAGGCUGAGGAAAGUCACCGACAGGACAGCUUCAACAUGCUGACAUUUAUUCUCCUGCUGACCUUAACCAUCCUCACCAUCUGGCUGUUCAAGCACAGGCGGGUUCGGUUCCUCCAUGAAACCGGGCUGGCAAUGAUUUACGGUUUGCUGGUGGGCGUGAUUCUGCGUUACGGCAUCCCUGCUACCAGCUAUCACAACAAGACCCCUGCGAGCUGCUCGCUGAAGGAAGGACCUGCCAGCACCCUGCUGCUGAAUGUCAGCGGCAAGUUCUUCGAGUACACCCUCAAAGGGGAGAUCAACUCCAGAGAGAUUCACAACGUGGAGCAGAAUGAUAUGCUGCGGAAGGUGACCUUUGACCCUGAGGUGUUCUUUAACAUAUUGCUGCCUCCAAUCAUUUUCCAUGCUGGGUACAGCCUAAAGAAGAGGCACUUCUUCAGGAACCUCGGCUCCAUCAUAACCUACGCCUUUCUGGGCACGGCCAUCUCAUGUUUUGUGAUUGGGAACCUGAUGUACGGCGUGGUCAAGCUGAUGCAGGUGGUCGGUCAGCUGAUGGGGAAGUUUUACUACACCGACUGCCUUUUCUUUGGUGCCAUCAUCUCUGCCACAGACCCAGUGACCGUGUUGGCCAUCUUUAAUGAGCUGCACGCAGACGGGGACCUUUACGCUCUGCUGUUUGGAGAAAGCGUCAUGAAUGAUGCAGUGGCCAUCGUGCUUUCCUCGUCCAUUGUGGCCUACCAGCCCACCGGUGCCAACACACACCAGUUUGAUGCUUCAGCUUUUUUCAAGUCGGUGGGGAUUUUCCUCGGUAUUUUCAGCGGCUCGUUCGUGAUGGGCGCAGCCACCGGCGUGGUCACCGCUCUCGUCACCAAGUUCACCAAGCUGCAUUGCUUCCCGCUGCUGGAGACUGCCCUCUUCUUCCUCAUGUCCUGGAGCACGUUCCUGCUUGCCGAGGCCUGCGGCUUCACAGGCGUUGUGGCUGUGCUGUUUUGUGGCAUCACGCAGGCUCACUACACCUACAACAACCUCUCUGAAGAGUCCACAAAGCGCACCAAACAGCUUUUUGAGGUCCUUCACUUCCUGGCUGAGAAUUUCAUCUUUUCCUACAUGGGCUUGGCUCUUUUCACCUUCCAGAAUCAUAUUUUCAGCCCCAUCUUCAUCAUUGGAGCCUUUAUUGCCAUUUUCAUUGGAAGAGCUCUCAACAUUUACCCGCUCUCCUUUCUUCUCAACCUGGGUCGAAGGCACAAGAUCAAGGGAAACUUCCAGCACAUGAUGAUGUUUGCAGGUAUGGAAAGAGACCUUUCUGUCUUUUUAGUUUUCACUCAUCAUGUCAGGCUGGGUAAUUUCUGGAUGUCCCUUUCUGCAGGUCUGCGCGGGGCGAUGGCCUUCGCCUUGGCCAUCCGUGACACGGCUACGUACGCCCGUCAGAUGAUGUUCACUACCACGCUGCUCAUUGUCUUCUUCACUGUGUGGGUGUUUGGUGGUGGAACCACACCCAUGCUGUCCUGGCUGCAUAUCAGAGUCGACGUUGAUCCAGACCAGGACCUGCAGCCCUCUGCGGACAGCUUCCAGGUCUUACAGGGGGACGGGCCCCAGGCUGAAGGUCAAAGUAAAACCAAACAGGAGAGCGCAUGGCUCUUCAGACUGUGGUACACGUUUGAUCACAAUUACCUGAAGCCGAUUCUGACCCACAGCGGCCCUCCUCUCACCUCCACUCUGCCCAGUUACUGCGGGCCGCUGGCGAGCUGUCUGACCAGCCCCCAGGCGUACGAGAACCACGAGCAGCUCAGAGACCCCGAAUCUGACCUGAUCCGUAAUGAUGCAGACCUGACCUUCAUGUUCGGUGACACUGCCAUCACAGCCAACGGGGCAUCGGGCGGUGGGGCUGAUGCCGCUGGGGGGUCGGGCUGGAGUGCGAAUGGGAAAAGGAGUGGCAGCACAUCAGAGGAGGCGCUGGAGCAUGAGCUGGACUCCCGCGAGCAGGAGCUGCUGAGCCGAGGAACUCGCCUCGUUUUCCCCAUCGAGGAUAACAUCUGACCCUGCCUCCCACCUCCCUGCCCUGACCUCCAGUCCGCCUCGCCCUCAGCUUUCUCCACAUCAGGGGGCAGGCAGCCCUUCAGCGAUAAGACAGACUUGAGGAAUGAGAGUAGACAGGAGUGGGGUGGGGGGGGCUUCAGAGUGACUCUGAGCUCCCUUUGGGAUGGGGGGGGCUCAAGCUUUGUUUUUAUCCUCAUUACAGAAAUGGAGUUUCCUAUGCAGGAGGCACAGUCCUCCAGAGCAUCAGGAGGGCAGAACUGCAAGUUUUCCUCUGAAUAAACAGAAGAGAAACUGGUAGGCAGGACAGGGGGGGGGGCUAAAGAAACCCAUGCAACAUUCAGCCUGCACUUUUCAACAUGCAACACUUCAGCUGGAGAAGAAAAAAGUUUUAAAAAGUCAUGCUGAAAGGCUUCUGUGCGUUCACCUCCAUCUGGACGCUCAAACUUUAAAGAUGAAACAAAGCUCUUCAUGCAUUUGCUGUGUUUGUGACAGAUUGAGCUCAGAGGAAGGACGUGGACACGCCCUUCCUCUGAGUGUGCUCCACACAGCAUCUGGAUCUUCUGGUUAAAGACCUUGUUUUAUUUCAUUAUGUCUUAUAAGAAAAUACUGAUUUCCCAAAAGAGCCCUGAGAUGUGCAGUCAAACACAGUUCAGCGAGAAUGAGUCUUCAUCACAUUUUUAAGCCUUUGCAAAAAUGCCACCAAAUUUAAGGAUGUUUUAAAAUGAUCAGAAGCACCAGUGCAGCUGAAAAAUGCUUUCACUGAUGAUAAAAGUGCUCAAGACUUUGUUGAAGCAGCAAAAAACCUGAGAACCAGUUUGAUGCCUGAAUGAUUAAUUUAAGCUCUUAACAUCCAUCAGGUCACCGGUGACCCAUCACAGGGUCAGAGGCAGAGUUUGGUUAACAUCCAGCCCUUUUCAACCCUUUCUGUCGUGUUUUGUCAAAAAACAUCUGAGACUUUCUGAAAAUUUGCUUCUUUAGCAUGCUGUUAAAACUAAACUCAGUUCUAACCCUAAUCUGAGCUCUGGACAGGUCACCAGUGAGCAGGAAGGUGUUGAAAACUUACCUGAUUUACUAACUGAUGCAUUCAUUCAUUUUCUUCACAAAUAAAAUUUUAACCAUUAGAGAAAAAAGUUCCAUAACCAUCUCAAAGAUAUGUCUUCAUGUUGGGCUGCUUUCAGCACCGCUGGUAUUUGUUUAGACUCUUUUCUAUCUGAUUGAUCUUUCUGUGUUAACUUCAAUAGUUACUUCCUCCAAACCUUCAACAUGUCUGUUAGACCCCAUUCUUACAAGACUGCUGAAAGUUCUUCCAUUAAUUAAUCUUAAAUAUGAUCAAUCUGUCUUUAUUAGUUGGCGACAUACCACAGGCUUUUAAGGUGGCAAUAAUUAAAAAAGCCAUCACUGACCCAGCUGUCUUAGCUAAUUAUAGGCCAAUC